AACCAGCCUCAUGUCACCGAGGAAUCCCAAACAAUAGUUUGAUACAUGAUGAAAAUUUAUCAGUGAUUGAUUUGAAUAGCGAUAAGGUGUUAUCAGAGCCACCACGACCAGUGUUCCCUCUCAAGGGACUAUCACAGAACCAGCUGCUUCACUUAGCGUCCAGAACUGUGGGUCGGACUGAGGACGGUUCUCAUCUGGAGAAAACUCUCGUUCUUUACGAGUGUCAGACGCAUGAAGAUAUUUUGAGCCCAAGUGUCAGGAAUAUUCGCCUGAAGGACUUUUCAUGUCGUGCACAUGUGACGGUGGCCCUGGGACCCUGGAUGAUGUCUAUACACCAGCAGUUGGUGCGGUGUGCAGAAGAUGGGGAUGUGGCAGGUGUCUUUGAGGCGCUGGAACAAGGAGCUGAGGUGGACCAGGUGGAGGAGGACCCCAGUAACCCGCUCUUCAGUGGUCGUACGGCACUGCACUACGCCGCCUGCCAGGGGAACCUCAAGGUGGUGCGUCUCCUCCUGCAGUGGAACGCUGACGUCAACAGACGCAGCAGGAGAAUUGACGAUGACGGUGGGACGCCGCUCCACAUGGCCGCAUACGCUGGCCAAGUCAGGGUGAUCAAAGCUCUUAUUGGAGCAGGAGCCAACUGCGAGGCCAGGGACUACAAAGACAAGACUGCAGUUCACUGGGCAGCUCUCGAAGGUCAAUUGGCUGCCCUGGAGGUGCUCAAGGAUCAGGGUUGUGACCUGCACUAUAGAGCGGAGGGGAGGAGCAACGCCAUGCACUUCGGUGCCGCCUCUGGAAACAUGGAUGUGGUGUUGUGGCUCGCAGAAAACGGGGUGAGGAUUGAUCUCAGGGAUAACACUAAGAAGCUGCCACAGGACCUGGCCAAGGCGUUGGGAUACAGGGACAUCUACCUCUACCUUAAGGAACUGGGCAGUCUAAGAUAUAAAGUUUGGCCCUUCGGGAAGUCUUACUCAAGUCUUUCAAGAGCGUCCUCCAGAGGCAAGGUUCGACACAGAGCGGACACCCAGAACUCUCGGUCAGCGGCACGCAUAUGGACGGACGACACCAGCAGAGACCGCUCAGGUGCGAGUCACUCAGAUGCCAAGGUGAAGCCGUUCAGCCCGACCACACGAGUGGAGUCAAAGAACGGACGAUUGAAUCCGACACCGAGGGACGGACGAGUGGAUCCCACAUCGAGGGACGAACGAGUGGACAAACGAGACGUUGAACUAUCGACUCCUUUAUUAACGGAACCUUCAGCCGAGAUGAAACCGUGCAGCAGCCAAGUGACGAAGGAGGAACGAAGGAGACUGCAAGAGGAUAGAGACACCGAUAUUUCUUGCCUCUCCAAACAGCUGAACCUCGUCCUCCAACGCUUGGGCCAGGUUACGCAACAACUGGACCAGAUAAGGCAGCGUCUGGACCACACCCAGAUAAGCCAGAUAAGCCAGCACCUGGCAGACACCCAGCAUAUGCUGGGCCAAACUAACCAACGACUGGACCAAACUAACCAACGAUUGGACCAAACUAACCAACGACUGGACCAAACUAACCGACGACUGGACCAAACUAACCAGCGACUUGGCGAAACUGACCAACGGCUAGACCAAACCUGGCAGAAGCUGGAAGAAGUCAGGUCUCAGCAGAGAGACCUAGGUGGAAGACAGCAGUUCCUGAUCCACAGGGCUCCCCGGGAACACCUGUCAACGUUCGAUACUGACCAAAAACAGAUGACAACGUUCGGUACCAACCAAAAACAGAUGACAACGUUCGGUACAGGCCAGAAACAGAUGACAACGUUCGGUACUGACCAGAAACGGAUGACAGCGUUCGGUACCGACCAGAAACCGAUGACAACGUCUGCUACCAACAAGGAACGGCUGAUACAAAUUGAUGUGAAGAAGGACCAGCAGGAAUGUUCCCAAGGAGAGACAACUUCCACGGAAGAUUCCGAUUCUGAGGUGGCCUUCCCAAGCGGUGUGAGGAAGGUGCCCCCUUGUGGUCUACCUAACCUGGGUAACACCUGUUACAUCAACGCUGUCAUUCAGUGUUUGUUCCACAUGAACACACUGAGAGACUACUUCGUCAAGGACACCUACAGGUUUGAGGUGAACAGGGAGAGUGAACAGCGCGGUGAGGUCGCCCACACAAUGGGUGGCAUCUUCAAGGCUCUGACGUCAGCUCGUCAAGAAGACGUCAAUAACGCAGCUAAGGUUUUCAAGCACGUUGUGGGUCUACACGAGGUGAAGUUCCGUGGCUCUCGCCAAAUAGACGCCCACGACCUGCUGGCUGCCCUGCUGACCUGGCUCCACAAUGACCUCAUGAAGGCGGACUGGACCUCUGUCAUCUCUGAUCUCUUCCAUGGUGAGGAGGUGUCGGAGAUCAUCUGUCAUGAACGUGAGGCUGAGAAUGUGAUCUGCCGUACCUCUCAGCCGUUCCCCAGCAUCACCCUACCUGUCGUUCACAGCAACAUGCCGUGGUCCCUGCAGGAGAUGUUGAAGAAUCACUACCGGACGCAGAAGAUAGACUGGGAGUGUGAGGAGUGUGGACGGAGUCACGAGUGCAGCACCAGGGCUAACAUCGUCCACUUCCCCCGAGUACUCACUCUCCACUUCAGCAGGUACAAUGGCCAGAGCCGAGACGACCUCAAGACCAGGGUCACCUACCCUGCUCAGGGACUCACCCUGCAAGGUUACAAAGAUUCCAAUGCCAGGUAUCAGCUUUGUGGCGUGGUGAACCAUGAAGGAACCAUGACGUCUGGCCAUUACACCGCCUUCUGCAGGAGGCAGCACGACAGCAGUCACGACUGGUUCUUCUACGACGACGCCUACGUCACCCAUACUAACCUAGACACUGUCCUUGGUAGCUCGGAGGCCCACCUGCUCUUCUACACGCAGGAGUGACACCUGUGGUGACACCUGGUUCGUCAGGAAACAGGACAAGUGUCUCCAGACACGGAUCUCUUGUCAAGUGAUAACACCUGGUUUUGUUAACCCAGUGAUGACCCGUCGCCGACACUAUUACUGCUCCAGGAUGUAGUGUUGAACGAUAGCACCAACAUUACUAAUUCGCUCUCUGUCUUCAAAUUUAAUGAAUUCAGAGACAACACUCAGAAAUGUUCAAGAAAUGUCAAAAUAUUUUAUCCACAGUAGUAAAUUACAACCAUUCUGGAAAAAAAUACCCUGAUUUUUCUAACCGUAAAUAAAGCAUUACCACUU